AUGUCGGGCGCGCUAGGUUCGGAAAGGAGCCGCACGCGGAGGGAGAGGACUUUUGUCGGAAGCGAAUGUGCCGUAUGCGAAGAGCCGUUGGAGCACACGCUGCGCGGGGAGAGGAUUUUACAGUUCUCGUGUUCGCACGUCUCGCACGAGGCUUGCUUCUACGAAUUCAUACGCGAAUUCGAAUCGCAGUAUUGCCCCUCAUGCAAUGCGCCUUUACAUUUGGACACGAGCCGAGGAGGCAACGUCCUUGAUAUCGAGAAAAUAACUAGCAUGGUACGGUCCGUGACGGCCGAUAACAGGUCAUUGCCAGGACAACCCCAGAGAGACCCUUGGGAAAGCCAAGGUGGCCGUCCGCCCAGUGGCGAAUCUAAUGUUAGAAGUAUGGCCCCGAGCAACAGCGGCCAAAGCAUCACUCGAGGGAGCGUUCGAGAUAGUCGGGAGCCGCCACCUUCGGAGCGUUACGCGAACAACCAUAAGCAUGACCGCAGCAACAGCGAGGCGACCGGCAUCACUACGUCAACCGGCUAUCCCGAGACGGCACAGAGCGGUCCGCCGCGUCGCCACGAUUACGACCUUCAAGCCAUGGAGACGACACCGGGUAGCCCGAGAGCUAUGUCGCGUAACCCGAUACCACCUCCCUCUGUUGUCGUUCGAUCUGAAUUCCCCACCAUAACUCGUUCGAGACAGCAACAGACCUUAACAUGUCUCGUCACGGUAGAAGUAGCCGACAACAAGUGGAAGCCUGAUCCGGAAGACCUUGGCAUCGUGGACCCAGCGCCACCUGCACGCACAGAGGAUACGUUUACCCAAAGACCGCCGUCUCCGGCGAGGAGUUCGCAGCCGCGCUUCUACCCAUACGAAGCGCCCGAGGUACUCGAGGAGAUGACCGAGAACUUACGAAACCGGGUCGACAACUGGCACGGCCUUGAUUUCAAUAGGUUUGGAAAGCUUCGGCUUUACGGCACGUUGCGUGUUGGAAAGGACAAAGUUUCGUGGCAGGAGUUGGAAUGCUACCUCUUUGCGGAGAUGCUCAUCUGCGUCAAAGAAAAGAAAAACCUUCCGCCCGCGCAGCAACAACAAUGGGACGAGAACGGCAUGCCCCGAAAGGCAACACGAUGCACCUUGAAGGGCUCGAUCCUUAUCAAGAAGCAUCUGAACGAGGUCACAGAAACCGGUAUGAUCGACGAGAACGUACUCACACUCAGCCUCUCCGUUGCGGAACUCCCACAGUUCCACCUGCGCUUCGAGAACCGAAACCAGUUGAAGCUGUGGCAGCAGGCUCUUCUCGACCUUAAUGCCGUCGAGGGAUCUCCGGUCAGAAGCCCGGUUUACGAGCGCGCCGAAGCAUCGGAAAACGAGGAAGACGAAUGGGGCAGGGCAGGAGGUCGACCUCAACGGGUCUCGUCGGUGGCCUCUUCUUAUGGCGGACCGAAGUCUAUCACGACGGCUGCUACCGAGUAUACUAGCGUGGCGCGGAGCCCGCUGAUUUCGUCGUUCCACGUACCUAUUGACGUCGUUGUCGUGGUUCCCAUCUCCUCUUCGAUGCAGGGUGUGAAGAUAAACCUGGUCAGGGAUGCUCUAAAGUUCAUGGUCCACAACCUUGGGGAACGCGAUCGCAUGGGCCUAGUUACGUUUGGUUCAGGAGGCGGUGGUGUGCCACUCGUGGGGAUGACCACCAAGGCGUGGCACGGAUGGAACAACAUCCUGGGUUCGAUCAAGCCGGUCGGACAGAAGAGCCACCGUGCAGACGUCGUAGAGGGCGCAAAUGUCGCUAUGGACCUGCUCAUGCAGCGCAAGUACAACAACCCGAUCGCGACCAUCAUGCUUAUCAGCGACGCUUCGACGUCCGAUGCUGACAGCGUCGACUUUGUCGUUUCGCGAGCGGAAGCUGCCAAGAUUACAAUUCAUUCGUUUGGUCUAGGUAUGACCCACAAGCCGGAUACUAUGAUCGAGCUGUCUACGCGGACGAAGGCUUCGUAUACUUACGUCAAGGACUGGAUGAUGCUACGCGAGUGUUUAGCCGGCUGCCUGGGAUCGCUACAGUCGUUGUCUCAUCAGAACGUAAAGCUGAAGCUGAAGUUGCCUGAAGGAUCUCCCGCUAGAUUCCACAAGAUCAGCGGAGCGUUGCAGAUCACCAAGCGGGCUACGGGGCGCGACGCCGAGGCUUCCCUGGGUGACCUUAGAUUCGGAGACAAGAGAGAUAUUCUAGUCCAGCUGAUCAUUCUUCCCGACAACACAUCUCAGGAACAAUUACCUCAGGACCCGUGGGAGACAAUCGUGUCCGGGUUAGAAGCUCUGGGCGGACCGGUCGAGCACGACGAUCAGAGAACGAUCUCGGUAGAAGAAUUACCGCUUAUCCAGGCGGAUCUGGUCUGGGGUGAUAUCCUGAGAGACGGCACGAUGAUGCAUCUCCCCAGACCGUCGUUGCUCGCCAUCACGAUGCUUCCCGCGCCGGGUCAUUCCAAAAAGGCAUCGUGGCAAAACAACCCCCCGAUCCCGCCCCAUCCGCACAUCGUGCAGCGACGAAUGGAACUCCUCACCUCCGACAUGCUCACCCGAGCGCUAACCCUCGUCUCGCGAGGCCAGCACGACCGCGCGCAGACGCUCCUCAACGAAACCCGCUCGAUCCUCAAGGGCCUGGGCAAAGGCGGGCUCCCGCCGGUCCCCGUCCCCUCGAUGGCCGGCAGCAAAUCGAACCCGUCGACGCCGCAGCCGGGCUCGGAGGGGUCCCCGAUCUCGGCGACGCCGGACCGCAAGCGGACGCCGUCGCCGGCGGCCUCGGCGCACUCGGGGGCGAACGGGCUGGCGACGGCGACGAUCGCGCGCAGCCGGUCGACGGACGGGCUGGCGCUGGGGAACGCGAGCGGGAUCGACGCGGGCACGGUGGCGGCGCUGGACGCGGAGCUGGAGGCGAGCCUGGAGUGGAUCAGCCACCCGGCGGUGUUCGGGCGGGACAGCCGCAAGGCCGUGCUGCAGGCCAUCGGGGUCGUCAGCAGUCAGCGCGCCUUCACCUUCCGCACCCCGAUCGAGAGCCUCUGGGCCGCCCGCGUCGGCGGCGUCAAGAAGCUCACCGACAAGAGCCGCGAGUGGCGGGAGGAGGCCGGCGGAGAGGGCAUCAUCGAGGAGCCUUGA